AUGAUGAUGAAUGCAGCACUUGCGGACCCAUCGGAACAAGCACACCACCUUCCGCACAGAGGCUACGCCCAAACGCUCGACGAAGCCUUUGAGGCCGACUACACCCCUAUCGACGAGGACGCCAUCAAGGAGUCUCCUCCGCGACCCGCACACGCGCGAAACAGCAGCGAGCCGCGACCGCUGGGAGAGAUCAUCGACGAGGUUGAGCGUUGCCCCUCUCCCGGCAGCCCACGACUUAGGCAUCCCAAGGGCAGACUCGAGAACAAGAUGAGCGGCGAGAGUUAUGCAGAGGCCGUGAAGGACCACGCGCAGUCCAAGGACGCCCUGCCCAAUGGCGACGGUCGAGGCAUGCCCGUGGCGAAUGUGCGCAACGAUGUCAAGCACGCCAACGGAGACAAGGCACUCGAAACCUUCGAUGGAGUUGGAGAGGAUGAUGACCCUCGCUCUCCCACACGCAAGGCACAUAAGCGCAUCUCCUCUCGACAUCUGAAUGGCAGCCCUGGAAAAAUUCCUCAAGAGAUCCAAGGGGAAGGCUUGGACGGAAUGAGUGAGAAGAACGUGGAGCCGGGACAAGUCAUGUACGAGAACCUGCGCAAUAAGAGCGGCGAGAACUUGGCGUCCAUCAAACCUGGCCAAGACUACAGACUGGCACUCCAGCAGCGCGAGGACAAACCAUCGACCCCGGAGCCCCUACAGACGAUGCAGCGCCGGGGCAGCGAGCUCGUCUCUGGACGGCGUGCGGGCGCAGGCUGGUCGACGAGUGCCAUUCGCUGGGCACCCUUGAAUGUUCCUCUGCAGCGACGUCUGCAGACAGUAAUGGUGCUGCUCCAUACUCUCUCGAUUGUAGGAUUUCUCGCCAUCUUUUGCGGUCUCUGCGCCAUUCCACUUCUGUGGCCGAUCCUACUCCCGUAUCUCCUCUACGCCCUCUUAUCACAUGCUUCCGUGGACGGCAGGCUAGCGCACCGCUCAGAAUGGCUACGCUCGAGCAAGAUCUGGUCCCUCUUCGGCUCUUACUUCCCAGCUCGCCUGCAUCGCAGUCAAGAGCUUGAGCCUACCCGCAAGUACGUCUUCGGAUACCACCCACAUGGCAUCAUUAGCCAUGGUGCAUUCGCUGCGUUUGCGACGGAAGCUCUGGGAUUCGGACAACUCUUCCCGGGCAUUACCAACACUCUCCUCACCCUGGAUUCCAACUUUCGCAUACCGCUGUACCGCGACUACGCACUGCGCAUGGGGUUGGCAUCGGUCAGCCGCGAAAGUUGUGAGAAUAUUCUCAGCCGUGGAGGACUGAAUGGAGAAGGCAUGGGCCGCGCCAUCACUAUCGUCGUUGGCGGUGCUCGCGAAUCGCUGGAUGCCAAACCGUUCACGAUGAAAUUGGUGCUGAGACGAAGGAAGGGUUUCGUGAAGCUCGCGAUCCGAACCGGUGCAGAUCUGGUGCCCGUGCUAGCAUUCGGCGAAAACGGUCUGUACGACCAGUUCGACGCUAGCAGCCACCCUUACAUACACAAGAUGCAGCUGCUGGUGAAGAAGGUCAUGGGUUUUACGGUAAGUCACAUGGCACGAGCUCCGCGACGUAGGCUGAUUCCGGUGCAGGUACCACUUUUCCACGCGCGUGGUGUGUUCAACUACGACGUGGGCAUGAUGCCUUACCGUCGUCCCGUGAAUAUUGUGGUCGGUCGGCCCAUUCCCAUCAUGCAGUCGAAGAAUCCAGAGCCUGCGUACGUGGACGAGAUCCACGGCAAGUAUGUCGAUGAGCUGCAGAGGAUUUGGGAUGAAUGGAAGGACACUUUUGCAAGGCAUCGGGAAGGUGAGCUUGAGAUUGUUGAGUAG